AUGUCCUCCGUGCGAGGAUUCCUCUACGGUUACUUCUGCUUCACCAACCGGGCGGCCGCUCGUCGUUCUCUGCUGCUCUGCCGGCGGGCGGCGGGGACUUUCUCCGCCCUGCCGGGGCUGCCGCUUCUUGGCGGCGCCCACCAGCGCCUCUUCGCUUUCCAUGGGUUGAGCCCCGACGCCCUCAGCGUGGCAACAGGGCGAGGGGCAGUGGGGGCCGGGCCGUGCACGCCGCGACGGCGGGACUGCGGCGGGCUAGGGACGGCGGGCAGCGGGUUCCGGCCGUCGCGGGUGGCUGUGGUGGCGAAGACAACGCGGUACGAGUUUGAGCAGCAGCGGUACCGCUACGCCGGGCUCUCCGAGGAGGACCUCAAGCAACUGCUUGCCUUGAAGGGAUCUAACUAUGCUGGUCUACUGGAGCGGCAUCGCAUUCAUACAAAAAAUGUGGAACAUCUUGUAGACAGUUUACGGAACGAGAGGAUAGAAGUUCGUCUUGUUAAACGUCGAGAAUAUAAUGAAGAGACAGUUCGAUGGGCAGAUGCUGUUAUAUCAGCAGGAGGAGAUGGUACAAUGUUGUUGGCAGCCAGUAAGGUCUUUGAUAAAUUUAAACCAGUUAUUGGAAUAAAUACUGAUCCUGAAAGAUCAGAGGGCCACUUAUGCUUGCCUGUGAGAUAUACACACUCAUUUCCUGAAGCACUGCAGAAGCUUUAUCGUGGUGAGUUCAGGUGGCAGUGGCGGCAAAGAAUCCGACUGUAUCUUGAAGGAACUGGUAUUAACCCAGCCCCUGUAGAUUUACAUGAACAGCAGCUGAGCCAAGAGCAACACAGCAGGGCUCACAUAAAUGAAAGAUUCCAAGAUCAAAGAUCUGACAUUUCUGGUCCACAUCUUUUACCGGUGAGAGCACUCAAUGAAGUCUUCAUUGGGGAAUCUCUUUCAUCCAGGGAGAACUUUAAGUCCUGCAAACCCAGUUUUAAAUUCUCGCUUCAUAGGGCCUCCUAUUAUGAGAUAUCAGUUGAUGAUGGUCCUUGGGAAAAACAGAAGAGUUCAGGACUUAAUGUAUGUACUGGAACAGGAUCAAAAGCAUGGUCCUAUAAUAUUAACAAGGUAGCACAUCAAGCUGUUGAAGAGAUCCUUAAGAUUGGCAAAAAACAUGGAAGUUUGAAUUUGCCAUUGAACAUGGAAUUAGUACAAAAAGUAACAAAUGAUUAUAAUGAGUCCUUGCUCUACAGUCCAGAAGAGCCAAAGAUGUUUUUCAGUGUUCGGGAACCUAUUGUAAACAGAGUUUUUUCAAGUAGCCGGCAGCGUGGUUUCUCUUCAAAGGUCUGUGUUCGUUCCCGUUGUUGGGAUGCUUGUAUGGUUGUAGAUGGAGGAACAUCUUUUGAGUUCAAUGAUGGGGCGAUAGCUUCAAUAAUGAUCGACAAAGAGGACGCACUGUGCACUGUUCUGCUGGAAGAAUGA